AUGACCCUAUUUACCAUGAAAAGAUUGGACGGCGCACUAAUAUGUGUUCUUUUGAGCUUCCUCUCAAACAUUGUAGGUUUGCCGAAUAUCAUUUCGAAGGAGGUCUGGAAUGUAUCUGGAGGUGCACGCAGACAGCUAUGCGAGAGGGCUGUAGGAAAGUGCAAACCCUGUAUGAACGGAAAGGUCGUAAGUAAAGUGACAACCGAAAGCACAAUCACAGUUAAGGAUGGAAUAACGGGAAAGGUAAAGAAAAAAGUACAUGAAAAAGUUACGGAAACUGUUACCGAAAGUAGUACAAAUAGUAAUCGCCCAUCUAGGUCAGUAAAAGUGGAAUCUAUCGAGGAAGGACCAUUAACUAGAAGGAGAAAUACGUACACACGUAAGUGUUUUUUGCCUAAAUAA